UGAGAGUGUCGUACCGGGUUUUGUGGAUGUCCGCCUCCCCCUCCCCCUCCCCCUCCGUGCAGGAACUCCAAUCCAGGCUCGCUCUCUAUCGCCUCAAUAUGUCUCAAGAUGGCCGCCAAUGUGGGAUCGAUGUUUCAAUAUUGGAAGAAAUUUGAUUUACAACUGCUUCAGAGAGAACUUGAUGCCACUGCUACUGUGUUGGCCAAUCGACAGGAUGAAAGUGAACAAUCCAGAAAACGACUUAUUGACGAAAGUCGAGAAUUUAAGAAGAACACACCAGAGGAUUUAAGGAAAUUGGUGGCACCAUUACUGAAGAGUUUCCAGGCAGAGAUCGACGCCCUAAGUAAAAGAAGCAAAGAAGCAGAGGCAGCCUUUUUAAAUGUUUACAAAAGAUUAAUUGAUGUUCCAGACCCUGUUCAAGCGUUAGAUCUAGGACAACAACUCCAGCUCAAAGUCCAACGUAUGCAUGAUAUUGAAACAGAGAAUCAAAAGCUGCGGGAAACGCUUGAGGAGUACAACAAAGAGUUUGCGGAAGUCAAGAAUCAGGAGGUUACAAUAAAAGCACUUAAAGAAAAAAUCAAAGAGUAUGAGCAGACCUUGAGCAGCAGAGCAGAAAGCCUUGCACUUGAAAAAGAGCAGAAAUUGCAGAAUGACUUCACAGAGAAAGAAAGGAAAUUACAAGAGACUCAAACAUCCUUGGCCUCCAAAUUUGAGGAGGCUGAUCACAAGGUUCAAGUUUUACAGACAGCCCUGGAAUCAACUCAGACUGAGCUAUUUGAUUUGAAAACAAAAUAUGAUGAGGAGUCAACUGCCAAAGCAGAUGAAAUUGAAAUGAUCAUGACAGAUCUGGAAAGAGCCAAUCAGAGGGCAGAGGUGGUUCAGAGAGAAGCAGAGGCCUUGCGUGAGCAGCUUUCCUCAGCUAACCAAUCCCUGCAGUUGGCCACUCAGAUCCAAAAAGCUCCUGAUGUGGAACAAGCUAUCGAAGUGCUAACACGAUCAAGUCUGGAAGUUGAAUUGGCAGCAAAAGACCGUGAGAUAAUGCAAUUGGUUGAGGAUGUACAGAGGUUGCAGGCAAACCUGACCAAACUUCGUGAGACCUCAGCAAGUCAGGUCUCACAACUGGAGCAGCAGCUCAGUGCGAAGAACAGCACACUGAAGCAUCUAGAGGAAAAGCUGAAAGGACAGUCUGACUAUGAAGAGAUUAAAAAAGAGCUGAGUAUCCUGAAGUCAAUGGAAUUUGUAGCAUCAGAAGGAUCUGGGUCACAGGAUGCAUCCAAAACCCUCGAGGUACUUCUGCUGGAAAAGAACCGCUCAUUACAGUCUGAAAAUGCAACUCUGCGUAUCACCAACAGUGACCUUAGUGGGUCAGCUGGGAGAAAUGGGAAAGACCGACUUGAGAGUCUGCGCCCUUCGACCUCACCAUCCUCCCCUCCCUCUAAGUUGCUGCGCAACGCGAAUGAGCAGGCUUCCAGUGCUAAUGGUACGCACCAAUUCUCACCGACGGUUUUAGGUCAAGAUUUUUUCAACUCAUCAUUGACAAGCUCCCCGUUUCCCCUGGCCUCUGCAGGGAAAUUUGCACUAAACUCACUUCUUCAGCGGCAGCUAAUGCAGUCCUUCUACACCAAGGCAAUGCAGGAUGCAGGAAGCACAACCAUGCUUUUUCCAACAGGUCCCUACAGCACAAAUUCCAUAUCAUCCCCAAGCCCGAUCCAGCAAAGUUCUGACUUAAAUGGAAUGAUCCCUUCACCCAGCCAGUCAGAAAGUGCUGGAAGCAUAUCUGAGGGCGAAGAGCUGGACACUGCAGAAAUUGCACGGCAAGUUAAAGAGCAGCUGAUCAAGCACAAUAUUGGCCAACGGAUAUUUGGACAUUAUGUACUGGGGUUGUCUCAAGGCUCUGUAAGUGAAAUACUGGCCAGACCCAAACCAUGGAAUAAAUUGACUGUUCGAGGGAAGGAGCCUUUUCACAAGAUGAAACAGUUCCUGUCUGAUGAACAGAACAUUCUGGCCCUGCGGAGCAUCCAGGGCAGGCAAAGAGAGGUUCCAGGCCAGAACAUACAAAGAGUGUUGCAGGAAGUAAAGAAACGAAGAUAUGGUUCAGAAGGCAAUAUCACAACGCGGAUCAGAACCCCUGAGACUGGCUCUGAUGAAGCCAUUAAAUCCAUUCUAGAACAGGCCAAGAGAGAACUACAGGUGCAAAAAACUGUUGAUUCAACUCAACCACCCUGUACAUCGAGCAGUGGUGGUUCAGAUGAAGCAAUUUGGUCAAUAUUGGAACAGGCCCGGCGUGAGAUGGAAGCUCAGAAGGCAGGCCUUGAGCCGACACCAAAGCCAACACCAGUUCCUCAAGCUGACUUAGCCCUCCAUUCAUCCAAAGCAGCAUCAUCUUCCUCAUCAUCAUUCUCUUCCUCACUGAUCGCCAUGAAAAAGCCUUUCAUGGUGGAUUCCAGCAACAACACAACACAAACAUCUCAUGGAUUUAAAAAAGAAGCAUUACAUGACUCAUGCUCCUCAGAGCACCAUGGGAUAGCAGACACACCCCAGAAUAUGCUCAAGCAAGUUAAAAAUGAGCUGGGACGAAGUAGUAUAUGGAGGGACCAGUGGUGGAAUACAGUUUGUCCUGACAGAAGAAACUCCACUUUUUCAGAAGAUGGAAGAGCAGAGGAAGCUUGUAGUGGGAGAGAGAGGAUUAGUAAUCCAAACAGACUGGAGCGAAAUGCUUUGCAAGGACCUGCAGCUUCUGACCACUGGAAAGACUGGCAAAAUGCGGAGUCGCCUUAUUCUCAAGCAUCUGAUAUAGGCACAGUGGCUGCAAGUAGCAGUGUGACUCCACAAAGCAGUCCCCUGCCUUCUUCACCUCUUGUCCCUGUCUCAAAACCACACAAGCCCUCUGUCCCACCAUUAACACCAGAACAGUAUGAGAUCUACAUGUACCAGGAAGUGGACACAGCUGAAUUGACACGACAGGUGAAGGAAAAGUUGGCCAAGAAUGGGAUCUGCCAGAGGAUCUUUGGGGAAAAGGUUUUGGGUCUGUCACAAGGGAGUGUUAGUGACAUGCUGUCUAGGCCCAAGCCUUGGAGUAAGUUGACUCAGAAAGGCCGAGAACCCUUUAUUCGCAUGCAGCUGUGGCUGAAUGGCGAGCUGGGGCAAAGCGUUCUUCCAUCCCAGGUCCAGCAAUCAGGACAAGAGAUAACCCCAAAGACCUCGGCUAGUUGCAGCCCGGCCCCUGAAUCUCCAGUCAGUUCUGCUGAAUCAGUGAAGAGUGUGGCUGAAAUACCUUCACAGCAAUCCACAGCCACAGAAGGUAGUAAGGAGAUCAAACCACCCUGUGAACAACCUUCGAACGAUCCUCAGGUUCUAUCAUCACUGCCAAUUUCUGGUCAGUCAGCAUUAAGCAUUCAAGAACUGGUGGCCAUGUCUCCUGAACUCGAUACGUAUGCCAUCACAAAGAAAGUCAAAGAAGUGCUGACAGACAACAAUUUAGGCCAACGUCUGUUUGGAGAGACCAUCCUUGGCCUGACACAAGGUUCCGUGUCUGAUCUGCUGGCACGGCCCAAACCCUGGCACAAGCUGAGCCUGAAGGGAAGGGAGCCUUUUGUCCGCAUGCAGCUCUGGCUCAAUGACCCAAGCAAUGUUGAGAAGCUGAUGGACAUGAAACGAAUGGAAAAGAAAGCCUACAUGAAACGCCGACAUAGCUCAGUGAGUGACGGUCAUGGUAGUGACUCUUCAGUUGCUGGGCUUGACUACAGUCAGAGCGCCAGUCCCCAGCCACAGGUUCAUCUGAAGAAGCCUAGGGUGGUGUUGGCCCCUGAAGAGAAAGAAGCUUUGAAGCGAGCUUACCAGCUAAAGCCAUAUCCAUCCCCAAAAACUAUAGAAGAACUUGCUGCUCAGUUGAAUCUGAAAACCAGCACUGUCAUCAACUGGUUUCAUAAUUACAGGUCCCGCAUUCGAAGGGAGCUGUUCAUCGAAGAAGUGCAGGCAGGGCCUCAUGGUCAAACAGGAUCCAGUGGCUCUCCAUCUGUCAGAGGAAAUAGGACAGGACACAGCUCAGAAGGAGAAAGCUGUGAUGGAGGAGACUUGGAAGCAGUGACUGAAGAAAAGGAUAAUGCCAUGGGAAUGGAAAAUUACAGCACGGGAUGUGUAACUCCUAAGGAAGGGCAGAUGGAGUCAGUUUGCGAUGAGGAUACAGAGUCUGUUGUGCAGCCUGACAUUAAAGAUGCCACAGUGAUUGAUACAAAGGACUCGUCCCAUUUAGAAGGAGAUGCCAUGGUCUCUCCUAAUGCUGAGAGUGAAGAUGAGGGCAUCAUGAAGCAUCCGGGCCGAAAUAAGAGAUUACAGCGAGAAGCACAUGUGUCAGGAACAUCCCUGGAGGAAUUCCAAACAAACCAGCCUUCGGCCCAGUCAGUUGUAGAAGAGGACAACUCUACCUCAUCCGCCUCCACGUCGGCAACUGUAGCAGAGACCUCCCGAGAUUUGAAAGAAGAUACCUCUUUGAUGCAGCAGGCGAGCAUUGGAACGAACACAGGUUGCAGGGGCACCACAUCCUCUUCCACAAAAGGCUUCCAGAAAGGCCUGUUCAACUUUUCUGACACCCCCUCGCCUGCCCAAAAAACAAGCCUGCGUGAGAACAGUUUAAGGCGUAAGAAAGCAGCAAACUUGAACAACAUUAUUCAUCGUUUGGAGAAAGCUGCAAGUCGGGAAGAGCCCAUUGAAUGGGAAUUUUGAGAUUAAAUUAUUAAUUAUGCACAACUCCUGAGAGUUAGGUAUUAAGAGACCUUGGACAUUCUUUACUCAUUUUAUCCUGUCACGCACUUAAUGCCCUGCAGGCCACAGGGCAAAAAUGCCAUAGGCCAAGGUGCAUAUAGAAAAGGAGAGCAUUAAGUUCCGUUCAUCAUUGCAUUUUCAAAGCAAGAGUUGAAACAUGCAGUUAAGCUUUUGUACCCCGAAGUGUUUUUGUGUCAUGACUGAUUUUCAAACUGUCUGGGAUUAACUGUUACAGCUUUGCCUUCUCCCUCCGCCAAGUGGGCUUCAAGCAGCGACACCCAUCGGCUAAAGAGGGGUCUCCUUUGCCAUAAAAUGGCAGCAGAGCGAUAUUACACUAUUAACUUCUUAACCAGAAAAAGAUUGGAGAGUUUUCAAAUGACUAGAAUUUUGUAGCUGUUCAGUUGCCACUGAGAGAUUGCACAGUCAUCUG